AGGGACAAAACGCCAAAACCCCUUAUCCUAAAACCCUGAACGAGCUGGAACCAUACAAAUCGCGAAAAAACCCGUUAUCUAAAAACCCCAUACAAAACGCCAAAAGCCCUCAUCGUAAAAGCCCUGAACGAGCUAGAGCCACAUUCCUGUAGUAAAUUAGUAAUAGCAAUCUUAUCUAAUCUGCGAGGUGAGUUUCUACGAGAGACCAAAUGGCCGUGAAGAUCCGAUUGGAGAGAUGCGGAUGCAGAAACAGACCCUUUUACAGGAUCAUAGCUGCUGAUAGCAAAUCCCCUAGAGAUGGAAGGCAUCUUCAAGUUCUUGGUUUCUAUAAUCCCUUGGCAGGUGAUGAGGAUGAUAAGAGAGUGGGCCUCAAAUUGGAUCUAGUGGAGUAUUGGUUAUCAGUUGGAGCUCAGCCUACUGAUCCUGUGCGAAGCAUUCUAUUCAGGGCAGGGUUACUAUCUCCACCACCUAUGGUGGUUAUGGGAAACAAAAAAGGACCAAGUGCAAACAUGCCCAAUUGAGAUCCGAUGAUAGGUGACAAUUAGAAUCCCAAUAUGCCCAUUGCCUUGUAAUGUAUUUCUGCAAUUCUUGCUUUGUGUUGGCUUGUUAAGAGAAGAAACAAUAUUGAGAUUAACUCUUGUGCAGCCAUCAUUAAGUUGGUAGAAUUUCUUGUAUGUUUUUUGAAUGAAUGAAGAGUUAUCUUUAACUAA